UUCGAAUUUUUGUUGCUGUUGUAAUUGAUUUGGUUUUAUGCGAAGGCAGUCCCAUUUUAUGUGGGCUGGGGAGGGUGAGGGAAACUGCUCUGGGGACAAAGGGAAGGCGGCAAGAGCGGUGGAUGAUCUCUAAGAGCGUUUCAUUAGCUUGCGAUUCACCUUUGCCCUAAAGGAGGGGAUGACUGUCCUUCCCUGGAGAGAGCGAUGGGCGUCUCCAUGUAACGGAUCCUCACAACAGCCCUCGUGGUGACUGGUGAAGUAGCGGUUAAGGGAUCGGGUUUGGCGUCACACCUAGUUAAGAAUCCUGGCUCUGCUUACUUGCGACUUGGGGGAAUGUCUUGAACUCUGACUUUGUGUUCUUGCUUGGAGAAUAGGGAUAAUGCUCUCCCACCUUGCAGAGUUGGUGCGAAGAUUAAAGGCUGACAAGUUAAUCACGGUGCUGUUAACCUAAGUGAAUGAAUGCGGAGACUCGGGUUCAAAGAAUCCACCUUCAUACAUCCAGCCCUCACCUUAGAGGAAGGGAAACAGCUCUGAUUCAAAGGAACCAGACACUUCUCCCUCAGUGUUGGGAGCUAUUUUCUAAGGACCCGUGGAAUGUGCCCUUGGAGGCCCAAGAAAGCAGAAGGAAGAUGCUUCAGACCGGUAACUACAGCCUGGUGCUCUCCCUGCAGUUCCUGCUGCUGUCCUAUGAUCUCUUUGUCAAUUCCUUCUCGGAGCUUCUCCGAAUGGCUCCUGUCAUCCAGCUGGUGCUCUUCAUCAUCCAGGAUAUUGCAAUCCUCUUCAACAUCAUCAUCAUUUUCCUCAUGUUCUUCAACACCUUCGUCUUCCAGGCUGGCCUGGUCAAUCUCCUUUUCCAUAAGUUCAAAGGGACCAUCGUCCUAACGGCGAUAUACUUUGCUCUCAGCAUCUCCCUUCAUGUCUGGGUCAUGAAUUUACGCUGGAAGAACUCCAACAGCUUUGUGUGGACAGACGGACUUCAAACGCUGUUUGUAUUCCAGAGACUAGCGGCAGUGCUGUACUGUUACUUCUACAAACGGACGGCCGUGAGGCUCGGCGACCCUCGCUUCUACCAGGACUCUUUGUGGCUGCGCAAGGAGUUCAUGCAAGUCCGAAGGUGAUCUCUUCAUGUCACACUGAAGGAUGCCUUUCCAUCCUGAUGGAAGCCACAUUUGCCACCCUGCAGGAAGGGUUGGCCCAGUGUACUGGCAGUCAGCUGAACUUCCUAGGACAGGCAUAGGCCGGCUGUGCAUAACAUUCAAGAAGGAAGAGCCUCCCUCUUACAAAUUAAAGUGUCCCCCGACAGACUCCAGAACAUAAUCCCCACCCCCUUACCUCCUACCUCAGUCCCACUCCCUUUUCUUCCUUUCCUGCUCUAUACCAUUCUCUGGCCUCACUUCCUGACUGAGGUCUCUGUGACUCACCCUCCUGAAGCUUUUCCUUUAGCCUGGGACAGGGGGACCUCCCAGUCCCAACUCCCCUUGCACCGCACAUGAGCGAUUGAAGGAUGCAAAGAGUGAUAGUUAUGGACUCCUGGCUGAUUAUAUCUUAGACAUUUAGAUUUUAUACCCAAGACACUUUUUUUAUAUUUUAUAAAUAGGAAAUAAAUUGAACUUUUUCCAGAAGUGGUGGAAUCUGUCUGUCUAGCCAACUCCUACCCUCAACAUCUACUUGACCCGGUGGGGAAGCUGAGACACAGAUCAGUCAGAUGUCUGUUGAGUCUCAUUAUGAGAAGGUGUUUUUGCAGAAAUUCAAGAUGUGGGGACCAGCAGAUUGUGUAAUGGUUACGUCGCUGGACUCCCACGUAGUUGGCUGUGGUUCAGGUCCUGGACCCAGAGGCUUAAGACUCACACCAGGUGAGUUUGAAGCAGCGGAUGGCGUAAAGGUUAAGUCACUGGACUUCCAUGUAAUUGACCGUAGUUUGAGUCCCAGACCUGGCAGCUUAAA